AUGUUCCAUUGUAUUAGAGCCAAAACUGUCUGGAAGCUUGCUGGGUUGGCCUGGGACUGUUUGAAUGACAAGGGCAUUACAUUUUCAGGAUGGUGGCUAACCUUGUGCAACAUGAAGGACCUGGAGCAUAAUAGAAACAGAAUUUCUCUCUCAGUUUAUCUCCUAUGGUGGAUGUGGAGAACAAGGAACAUAUGCUUGUUUGAAAAGGAAGUGAUCUCUGAGCCCCAACUGGUUGCAAAAGCAAAACUUGAAUGGCUGGAAUUUGAGGAUAUCAAGUUUGGUCAACAUCUUCUCAAGCCAAUAAAAUUGAUUGUGGGCUCUAGUGCAAACUCUGAUGAGGUGCAAGGAAUAGGGGAGCUUCCUCAAGCUGCCAGUGUUAAUGCCUCUCACUCGGAGAUUUGUGUUUUGAAGGGGACAGCUUUUCUGGCAAAUACUGAGGAUGGCAAAGGAUUAUGCUGGAAAUUAAAGACAAAGGCCUGCAUCAAAUAUUAG